CGUUGUCAGAAAAUAGCCUACAGAAGGCCGAUGGACCGGUAUUUGGCCUUUCCACAUCAGUCAACAGGCCCAGGUAGGCUUUUCACCUUCGUUUCGCUCGGCAUUUUUCCAAACACCCUUCCAAGCGCAGAUAGUGUUGGACUCUCUCUAGCCGACACAGACCAACAUGAAGGGGGAGACGAUCUACGACGUUUGUAUUGUUGGAGCAGGGCCUGCCGGACUGGCUUGUUUGUCGGCUGUCCAGGAGCCCUUUACUCUGGAUACUUUGAGCGACGAUCAAGUGCACCGAGCGUUGCGGGCCUUACCCGCAAAGAAAACCGCGCAUCGCCGAGUUUGCGUGGUUGAUCCAAAUCCAACAUUUAUGUGUGGUUGGAAACGCCAAUUCGACGUGCUUCAGAUUAAGUUUCUCCGUUCUCCGGCACUGGCGCAUCCCGAUUUUUUUGACCAGAAUGCGCUGUUGGCUUACGCACGACAGCACGGUCGCGAAGACGAGCUUUUGGAAUCGGGUUGUGCUCGUCUGCGUUCAUUAUUGCCUUUGGGGCAAUCGCAGAUCGGUUUGUGGAAACUGCCGUCGACGCAACUGUUCCAAGACUUUUGUCGAGACCUGCUGCCCACUCUGCGUCACGAGUACCGGCAAGGAACGAUUGUUGACCUACAGUCUACGGAUGGCAAUAUGUUCUGCUUGACCACCGCUGUGGGGCAGCAGCUUCACGCCCGGACCGUGAUUCUGGCCAUGGGCGCGAUUGGCAAGCCCGUCAUACCUGCGGCUCUUCAGAAGGACAUUCCGCAGGUGCAUUCGUGGAUGGAGAUUGACCGUCUCGAAGCGCAAUGGGCGUCCAAAUUCUCGGUGGACAACGAAACCGUCAUGGUGGUGGGAGGAGGUUUAACCGCGGUGCAAGCGGCAUUGCGACUGGCACGCAUUCCGACGGGCGGUAGCCAACGUCGUCGUCGUGUGAUACUCAGCAGUCGCCGACCACUGGUGGAGCGGCACUUUGAUCUGGGAGUCGAAUGGUUCGAUCGACGGACGGCGACCAAGUGUGUCGCUGACUUUUAUCACCAGCCCGUAUCGGAACGGUUGGCACAAUUGCGAGAGAGUCGCGGAGGAGGAAGCGUGCCACCCAUUUACAUGGCCGAAUUGCGUAAGUGGGAACGACAGGGUCGGAUCGAAUGCGUGGUGGGCUCUAUCGAUUCCGCCGCAGCACAAAGUCAGGCGUCCGGAGACGCACGCGUCCAAGUCACGAUCGAGUCCCAGAAGUACCGGGUGGACGCCAUUGUGCUUGCAUGCGGCAAUCAACCCGAUUGUCUCGCACAUUCGCUGCUGCUGCGUCGUAUACAGGAACAGUGGCCGGUGCCCAUGCAGGGUGGCUUCCCGUGCGUAACGGAAGAUUUGCGAUGGAGCGCCGCUUGUUCCGGUUUGUACGUAGUGGGUGGCUUGGCGAGUCUGAACGUGGGACCCGACGCGUCCAAUUUGAUGGGCAUUCGACGAGCGGCGUCCAUUGUCUCGUACCACGCACUGGCGUGUCGUAGUUGGUUGCGUGAAGCUCAGUCACCGGUCCUGGCCAACCGAUUCCACGCACUGUGGUCGGACAGUGAGAGUGAGUGCGAGUUCGAAUGCACGUGUGAGAGUGGUGAUACCGACAGUGAAACCGACGAUUCCUGCAUGUUGUUGGUUCCUGCAUAGUAUGUGGAAUCACA